CCCCUCCUCCUCGGCCCAACCCUUUCCCCGGGGGUCCCGCGGGGGCUCUGCUCGUCCCCCUCCAGCCUUCUGGGAUGGGUGCACACAGCGGCGAGCUGGUUUCCCCCUCCCUUAGUCCCACGGUGCCUGAUGGUUCCCAGCCCCUGGUGGGCUGGCCGGGAAGGAGCAGGGCUUGAUGUUUUCUUCCGCCGUUUUAGCAAACAUGUCCUGACCGAAGACAUCGUGCACCGGGAGGUGACACCGGACCACAAGCUGCUGUCGCGGCGGCUCCUGACCAAGACAAACCGGAUGCCGCGCUGGGCAGAGCGCUUCUUCCCAGCUAACGUCGCCCACUCCGUCUACAUCCUGGAGGACUCUAUCGUGGACCCCAAGAACCGGACCAUGACCACGUUCACCUGGAACAUCAACCACGCCCGUCUCAUGGUGGUGGAGGAGCGCUGCGUGUACCGGGUGAACCCAGAGAACAGCAACUGGACCGAGGUCAAGCGAGAGGCCUGGGUAUCCUCCAGCCUGUUUGGCGUCUCACGGGCCAUCCAGGAGUUUGGUCUGGCCAGGUUCAAAAGCAACGUGACCAAGAGCACUAAGGGAUUUGAAUACGUGCUAGCAAGAAUGCAAGGAGAAGCUCCAUCCAAAACACUGGUGGAGACUGCCAAGGAAGCGACCGAGAAAGCCAAGGAGACAGCUCUGGCUGCUACAGAGAAAGCCAAGGACCUGGCGAGCAAGGCAGCCACCAAGAAGAAGCAGUACGUGUGAGGGGCCAGCUGCACCAGGACAGAUAGAAAUCUCCUUAGAUUUUAUAUUUUUAAAGAAACUGUACAAGUCUGACAAUCAGCUGCUGUUAGACCCUUUCUGAGAUGUAAUUAUCAUUAAAGAAUCUACUCCCACUUCUGA